AGGAAAAGCCCCCAGGCAAGGCAGGUGCCAGGGCGCGUGGGCAGAGCGGAGGAGCGUGGAACGGUCCCCACGUGCGCUAAAUGCUGAUUAGAAAUACGUCAACAGGCUGAGGUGUUCGUAGACUAAUUGACUAAAAAUCCUUGAACCUGACACAAGUUGGGGAAAAACAACAGAGAAGAGGUUCAGAAUCACAGGAGCAGCAGGCGUCUUCCCGGCCGAGGUGCCUGGUGGAUUCUCCUCUCCCAGACGCUCUGCCGCCCAGCUGUCCUCCGAGCUGCUGUCUAAGGGAGUCCUGGACAACCCCGGGGCGAAAGGCCCAGAGAGAAAGGCCAUCCCUGACUCCCAGGUGUGGUGACCUGCGCAGGACCCGGCUCUGCAGGAUGCUGGCCCAGGAGCGGAGAAAGCAUCGGGGUUGACAAGUGGCUAGAGCAGAGGGGACAGUGUCAGGCGCAGGAGGACUGCCUGGAGGAGCCCCCUGUGGCCCGUCCCCAGCUGUCCUGCACCUACAAGGCACGGUCCUUCCUGACUUGGGACAGCCAAGAAGCCAGCACCCUGGCCCUGAUGGAGAGCAGAGGCUGGACCCCUCGGAGUGAGUGCCCGGGUGACACAAGAGGCCGGGAUGGAGCCGCCAGUGGACAGACACAGGAUGGCCUUAGGGUUCCACGGCCGCGUGACGCACGACCUGUAAGAAAGUGGCACGAGGUGGGUGCUCCUGGGCUCCUCUCUAGACCGCCCGGGGGAGCGCCUUCUCCCCUGGGCAAUCCAGACCAGCAGGUGAGGCCGGCAGUCCCCGGAGGGUGGCAAAUCACACACCCAGGGCUUCCCUCUGCGCCCCGGCCUGCGUGUGGGCCCCACAGGGAGGGUCUGCUACAGGGAAUCCCUGGCAGGACUGCGCCCGCCCGUCCUGGGCCUGUAUCCUCAGCCCCCCUGCCCAGGCCCAGCCCUGCAGGCCGGUGGGCUUCCCCCAGGGAGGAGCUGGACCUCAGCCCCUGGCCUCCAGGACAGCGCCCAUCUGUGGGAGGCGACCUCUCCAGCCACAGGCUCCUCACGGCCAUCUACCUGCUGUACCAGCCAGAAGGCAGGCCCUUCAGGCCUGGGCCAUGUGCUUUGUCCCAGGCGGCAGCCCAACUUGACGACAGGAAGCCGAGGCUACCGGAGAGUAGGAAGGUGUCAAGGUCACUGCACAAAAAUGGUGGCACCUCCAAUCUCCAUCCAGAGCCACCACAGCUGCUCUGGUGGGGGCCAGCGGUCCUCAGGGGCUCGAAGAUAGGGCAGGGCGAAGAGCCCAGAGCCCUGUCUUGGAGGACACAGAGGUGGAUCCUGGCACCGAGGGGGCCAAGAGGUGCUUCAAAUAGGUCGGAAGGUGGAGAGUUGCUUGUACCUUGUGCUGGGCACAGGGCAAGGAGAAGGUGGCCACCUCUCAGGGCAGCGGUGCUGACAGGGAGGUGGAGAGGCCUCGAGUCCUGAGGCUGUUGAGACCCCCCACUUCUGACUCCAGGAGCCUGGGUCCUCCGUCCCCCUCCAGCCUGUGAGUGUGGGAGCUGCCAGUCCCCUCG